AUUCGCCGUAUUUAUUCACUCUUUUAUUCGCUCUUUUCAGCUAUCGAGAAUUUAUUCGCUAUUUAACCUCGGACCCCAUCGGGAUUCGUGAAUGCUCUCGAGAAAUCUCAUAGGUCGUUAUGAGCCGGAGCGUCAGUUUAUUUACGACACUCAUCCGGACGCAUCAUAUCACUAGUCGUAAAAAGCUCGCACGUGUGAAGAAAGCCGCCGAGUCACAUCAUUUACAUGUACUUGUUCGUAGUUGUGGUUCUCCCGGUAUCAUGUACGCCGAGGGACCUGACGCAGUCGCCAUUAACACCUGGGUCAGCUUCGUCCAAGCUUUACGGUAUAAGGACUUCCAAUGUCCCCGAAAGCCGGUAUGCCAUGAGAUUCUAGCCGACGGCCGGAUCAAUGACGCUGGCUUCGAAGAGGUCGCUUCUGUAGCUGAGUUUGGCAAAAGGAUGGAGCAGCGUGGUCUCGGUGGCUGGUGGAGGAUCGGAAUGGGUUACGAAUACCCCGAUGAAUAGAUAUCGACCCCAUGGCCCGAUAUACCGCAUAUCAAUAGCCUUCGACAGGAACCAAUAAACCGGCCUGGCCGAUAAUCAUUAUUGCCAAACCAUACAUCACGAAAUGAUGUCAAUCAACACUCCGGGACACCUAAAGCUCUUGGUUCGCAACUGGGCAAUUGACAUCACAGAAUGGGUACCAAGG